AUGCACGGCUCGCGGGGAGGCGUCUGGCUGGCGCUGGCCGCGUCGCUCCUGCACGUGUCCCUGCAAGGCGAGUUCCAGAGGAAGCUUUACAAAGAGCUGGUGAAGAACUACAACCCCUUGGAGAGGCCCGUGGCCAACGACUCGCAGCCACUCACCGUCUACUUCUCCCUGAGUCUCCUGCAGAUCAUGGACGUGGAUGAGAAGAACCAAGUUUUAACCACCAACAUUUGGCUGCACAUGUCUUGGACAGAUCACUAUUUACAAUGGAAUAUGUCAGAGUAUCCAGGCGUGAAGACUGUUCGAUUCCCAGAUGGCCAGAUUUGGAAACCAGACAUUCUUCUCUAUAACAGUGCCGACGAGCGGUUUGAUGCCACCUUCCACACCAACGUUCUGGUGAAUUCUUCGGGGCAUUGCCAGUACCUCCCUCCAGGCAUAUUCAAGAGCUCCUGCUACAUCGAUGUACGCUGGUUCCCCUUUGAUGUGCAGCAGUGCAAACUGAAGUUUGGGUCCUGGUCUUACGGAGGGUGGUCCUUGGAUCUGCAGAUGCAGGAGGCAGACAUCAGUGGCUAUAUCCCGAAUGGAGAAUGGGACCUCGUGGGAAUCCCGGGCAAGAGGAGCGAGAGGUUUUAUGAGUGCUGCAAAGAGCCUUACCCAGAUGUCACCUUCACAGUGACCAUGCGCCGCAGGACCCUCUACUAUGGCCUCAACCUGCUCAUCCCCUGUGUGCUCAUCUCAGCCCUAGCCCUGCUAGUGUUCCUGCUCCCUGCAGACUCUGGGGAGAAAAUCUCCCUUGGGAUCACGGUUUUACUCUCUCUCACUGUCUUCAUGCUGCUUGUGGCUGAGAUCAUGCCGGCAACAUCCGAUUCAGUGCCGUUGAUAGCCCAGUACUUUGCCAGCACCAUGAUCAUCGUGGGCCUCUCGGUGGUGGUGACGGUGAUUGUGCUGCAGUACCACCACCACGACCCCGACGGUGGCAAGAUGCCCAAGUGGACGCGAGUCGUCCUCCUGAACUGGUGCGCGUGGUUCCUGCGCAUGAAGCGCCCCGGGGAGGACAAAGUGCGGCCGGCCUGCCAGCACAGGGCGCGCCGCUGCAGCCUGGCCAGCGUGGAGAUGAGCGCGGUGGCGGCGCCUCCUGCCGGCAACGGGAAUCUGCUGUACAUCGGCUUCCGCGGCCUGGAUGCCGUGCACUGCGCGCCGACGCCAGACUCGGGCGUGGUGUGCGGCCGCUUGGCCUGCUCGCCCGCGCACGACGAGCACCUCCUGCGCGGCGGCCAGCCCCCUGAAGGGGACCCGGAGCUGGCCCAGAUCCUGGAGGAGGUGCGCUACAUUGCCCGGCGCUUCCGCGGCCAGGACGAGAGCGAGGCGGUGUGCAGCGAGUGGAAGUUCGCCGCCUGCGUGGUGGACCGCCUGUGCCUCAUGGCCUUCUCCGUCUUCACCAUCAUCUGCACCAUCGGCAUCCUCAUGUCGGCGCCCAACUUCGUGGAGGCCGUGUCCAAAGACUUCGCGUGA